CAGUGUUGUUGUCUGCGACCAACAAUUGGCGCACGAACAGAUAGUAGUAAUCUCUGUCUGCACUCGAGUCGGAUGCCUGCGUUUUGACAAGCAAAUGAUCUGCAGGUUCUCCAUGGGGAUGGAUUGCGCGAUGAAACUGCACUGGAUCCCCUCAGACUGAGCCAGAUCACCUUCCUUACCGCCGCUAGGAUAUGAACUAACCUUAAGGUAGGAUUAUAGAUAGGUGGGAGCCGACAGGUUUUUUCUAUUUCUACGAGCUCGAUCUGUCCCUGUUGUUCUUCCUUCGCGUCGGACUGUUUUUCGAAUUUCCUUUCUGUAGUCACUCGCUCACUCGCUCGUUGCUCUUGUUUGAGGAAGCUGCAACCACCCCUUGCCUCGUGUUUGUCUUUGUGUCCAAACAACGGCAUCGAUUAACCUUCGAAAAUUCUUCUUAUCAGACAUACAACCUUCUGUCUACUCUGCUUGAUUCUUUUUUGUGCAGCAGCAACAUUUUCAUCAAAAUGCGUUCUUCUCUCAGUGUUGCGUGCGGCAUCGCUUUCGCCGCACUCGCCUCUGCCAUUCCCACGAUCUCGGUCAAGGGAAGCAAAUUCUUCACCAGCGAUGGCAACCAGUACUUCGUCAGAGGUAUUGCUUACCAGCUCGUGCCUGAGGAUCCUCUCAUCGACAACAACCAGUGUCAAUUGGAUGCAUCGCUCAUGAAGACUCUGGGUGCUAACGCCAUCCGCGUCUACCACGUGGACCCGGAUGCCGAUCACCAAGACUGCAUGAAGACUUUCGCAGACGCCGGGAUUUAUCUGUUUGUUGACUUGGACACUUUCAACACUCAGAUUGAGCAAACUUCUCCCCACUGGAACGAAUCCCAGUACGAUGCUUUUGCCAAGGUUAUGGAUGAGUUCCAGCAGUUCGACAACACUGCCGGUUUCUUUGUCGGCAACGAGGUCCUCACCACUGGAAACGGCUCAGUCGCUGCCCCUUAUGUCAAGGCUGCCGCUCGUGACAUGAAGGCCUACCGCAACAGCAAGAACUACCGUAACAUCCCCGUUGGCUACUCUGCUGCCGAUAUUUCGAGUCUUCGUCCCAACCUCCAGAACUACCUUGCUUGCGGUACCAACGCCUCUGAGGCUCUUGACUUUUUCUCUCUUAACGCAUAUGAAUGGUGUGGAGAAUCUUCAUACCAGGUGUCUGGUUACGAGCAGUUGACCCAGAACAUUACCGAGUACAACAUCCCCAUCUUCUUCUCCGAGGUUGGCUGCAACACUCCCAAGCCCAGAACCUUCGACGACCAAGCCGCCAUCUUCGGCUCUGAGAUGUCCCAGUACUGGAGCGGUGUUAUGAUCUACGAAUGGAUUGAGGAGUCUAACAACUACGGACUGAUUCAAUACGGCCCCAAGACUGACCCUACCGCCACCAACGCUCCUGAUGGCUACACUCGCACUGGCACCCCCACGCCUAUCUCGCCAGACUUUCAGAAUCUUUCCAACCACUGGAAGACUCUUACUCCCUCUGGUGUCUCGGAAUCCGCGUACUCUCCCUCGAACUCUGCCCCUGAGUGCCCUGCAUACACCUCCAUGGCAUGGGAGGUCAGCGGUAACGUCGCUCUUCCCACUAUCGGCCAGACCUUUGAUGCCCAAGCUACUAGCUCUGUCCCUGCAUCUGCCACUUCGGGCGCAACUGGAACUCGUGCAAGCAGCAGCGGUAGCCGUAGCACUGGCUCCUCCACUGGCACUGGAGCCGCCGCUUCAGCCAGCCAAACUGGUAUGGCUAGCCCGAGCAGACAGAUUGCUGGUAUGAGCGUCGGUCUCGUCACUGUCAUGCUUGGUUUCAUCUGGUGGUUGUAA